AUGGGACCCGCCGACUCCCCCUAUGCAGGCGGUGUGUUCUUCCUUUCUAUCCACUUCCCAACAGACUACCCAUUCAAACCUCCUAAGAUCAACUUCACCACCAAGAUCUAUCACCCUAACAUCAAUGGCACUGGCUCCAUCUGUCUAGAUAUCUUGAAGGACCAGUGGUCGCCAGCACUCACUAUUUCCAAGGUGCUUUUGUCUAUCUGCUCCUUGUUGACUGACGCUAAUCCAGACGAUCCUUUGGUCCCUGAGAUUGCUCACGUCUACAAGCUGGACAGACCUAAAUACGAGGCCACCGCCAGGGAAUGGACCAAGAAGUACGCCGUCUAG